AUGACAGAAGAAAGCAAAGGGGAAGGGAAAGGGGAAAGCGGGAAGGACCUGGAGAAACAGCUUCGCCUCAGGGUGUGCGUUUUGAACGAGCUUCUGAAGACUGAGCGGGACUAUGUGGGCACUUUGGAGUUCCUGGUGUCGGCAUUCCUUCAGAGAAUGUUCCAGUUCGCUGCCUCCAAAGUGGAUAAAAAUAUCACAGAGGAAACAGUUAAGAUGCUGUUUUCAAAUAUUGAAGAUAUUCUUGCAGUUCACAAGGAUUUCCUGACCUUAGUGGAGGGGUGUUUGAAUCCUGAACCUAAUGCACACCAUGAAGUGGGAAUCUGCUUUCUUCACUUUAAGGACAGAUUUUGUAUCUAUGAUGAAUACUGUAGUAACCAUGAGAAGGCACAGAAAGUUCUGCUUGAACUUAACAAAAUAAGAACAGUACGGACUUUUCUUUUGAACUGUAUGUUGCUUGGAGGACGUAAGAACACAGAUGUUCCAUUGGAAGUAUAUCUAGUAACACCAAUACAGAGAAUAUGCAAGUAUCCCCUCCUUUUGAAGGAGUUAUUGAAGCGGACGCCAAAGAAACACAGUGACUACACAGUAUUAAUGGAAGCUCUGCAAGCCAUGAAAGCUGUCUGUUCCAAUAUAAAUGAGGCUAAGAGACAAAUGGAAAAAUUAGAGGUUUUGGAAGAAUGGCAGUCUCACAUUGAAGGAUGGGAGGGGUCCAACAUCACAGAUUCAUGCACGGAAAUGCUAAUGUAUGGAGUUUUGCUGAAAAUUUCUGCAGGAAAUAUCCAGGAGCGGGUAUUUUUUCUUUUUGACAAUCUUUUGGUCUACUGUAAACGAAAACACAGACGAUUGAAGAACAGCAAAGCAUCUACUGAUGGCCAUCGGUAUCUUUUUCGAGGCAGAAUAAACACAGAGGUAAUGGAAGUGGAGAACGUAGAUGAUGGCACAGCUGACUAUCAUAGCAGUGGCCACAUUGUUGUUAAUGGCUGGAAAAUCCACAACACAGCAAAGAACAAAUGGUUUGUAUGCAUGGCAAAAACUUCUGAAGAGAAGCAAGAAUGGCUGGAAGCUAUUCUAAAAGAGAGAGAGAGAAGGAAAGGUUUAAAAUUGGGUAUGGAACAAGACACUUGGGUGAUGAUCUCUGAGCAGGGAGAGAAACUCUACAAAAUGAUGUGCAAACAAGGGAACCUGAUCAAAGACAGGAAAAGAAAACUAACUACUUUCCCCAAAUGUUUUCUGGGAAGUGAGUUUGUGUCCUGGUUACUGGAAACUGGAGAAAUACACAAAUCUGAAGAAGGUGUUCAUCUUGGCCAAGCGUUGUUAGAGAAUGGCAUUAUCCACCAUGUUACAGAUAAGCACCAGUUCAAACCUGAACACAUGCUCUACAGGUUCCGUUAUGAUGAUGGAACAUACUAUCCAAGAAGUGAAAUGCAGGAUGUGAUUUCCAAGGGUGUAAGAUUGUACUGUCGUCUUCACAGUCUGUUUACUCCAGUGAUAAGGGAUAAAGAUUAUCAUCUGAGGACAUAUAAAUCUGUAGUCAUGGCUAACAAACUGAUAGACUGGCUAAUUGCACAGGGGGAUUGUCGGACCAGGGAAGAAGCAAUGAUCUUUGGUGUAGGACUAUGUGACAAUGGGUUUAUGCACCAUGUCUUAGAAAAAAGUGAAUUUAAAGAUGAGCCACUUCUUUUUCGCUUUUUUGCGGAUGAAGAAAUGGAAGGAUCAAAUAUGAAGCACAGGCUUAUGAAACAUGAUUUAAAAGUAGUGGAAAAUGUCAUAGCCAAGUCACUAUUGAUUAAAUCUAAUGAAGGCAGCUAUGGUUUUGGUUUAGAAGACAAAAACAAAUUACCAAUUAUUAAAUUAGUGGAGAAGGGGUCAAAUGCUGAGAUGGCAGGCCUGGAAGUUGGGAAGAAGAUAUUUGCCAUUAAUGGUGACCUAAUUUUUCUGAGACCCUUCAACGAAGUGGAUUGCUUCCUGAAAGCAUGCUUAAACAGCAGAAGGCCCCUCAGGGUACUUGUGAGCACAAAACCAAGGGAGACAGUGAAGAUCCCUGACUCUGCAGAUGGGCUUGGAUUCCAAAUCCGGGGCUUUGGUCCAUCGGUUGUCCAUGCUGUUGGAAGAGGAACUGUGGCAGCUGCAGCAGGUCUCCACCCUGGACAGUGCAUAAUUAAAGUGAAUGGAAUUAAUGUCAGCAAAGAGACUCAUGCAAGUGUUAUCGCCCAUGUCACAGCCUGCAGGAAAUACAGGCGUCCAAUGCAGCAAGAUUCCAUACAGUGGGUAUAUAACAGUAUAGAGAGUGCACAGGAAGACCUUCAGAAAGCGAACUCCAAACCCCCUGGAGAUGAGGGAGGAGAUGCCUUUGACUGCAAAGUGGAAGAAGUAAUUGACAAGUUUAACACAAUGGCAAUAAUUGAUGGGAGGAAGGAUCAUGUGAGUCUCACUGUUGAUAAUGUUCAUCUGGAAUAUGGAGUGGUUUAUGAGUAUGACAGUACAGCUGGAAUAAAAUGCCAUGUGGUGGAGAAAAUGAUUGAACCAAAGGGCUUUUUCAGUUUGACUGCAAAGAUUCUUGAAGCACUGGCUAAAAGUGAUGAGCAUUUUGUGCAAAACUGCAACAGCCUGAAUUCUUUAAAUGAAGUAAUCCCCACUGACCUCCAAAGUAGAUUCAGUGUAAUUUGCAGCGAGAAAAUUGAGCAUAUCUACCGAAGAAUCUCUAGUUAUAAAAAGUUUUCACGAGUGUUAAAAAAUAGAGCAUGGCCUACCUUUAAACAGGCCAAGUCAAAGAUCUCACCACUUCACAGCAGCGAUUUCUGUCCAACCAACUGCCAUAUCAAUGUAAUGGAAGUCUCUUAUCCUAAAACCUCAACUUCUCUUGGUAGUGCCUUUGGUGUGCAGCUAGACAGCAGAAAGCAUUCUUCACAUGAGAAAGAAAACAAAAAUAGUGAGCAAGGUAAACUGAGUCCCAUGGUUUACAUACAACAUACCAUUACCACCAUGGCAGCCCCUUCAGGACAUUCCCUAGGUCAACAGGAAGGCCAUGGUCUGAGAUAUCUGUUAAAGGAAGAGGACUUAGAAACACAAGAUGUCUAUCAGAAAUUGUUGGGCAAAUUGCAAACUGCACUGAAAGAGGUGGAAACGUGUGUCUCUCAGAUAGAUGACCUUCUCUCUUCAAUAACCUAUUCUCCCAAAUCAGAACGUAAAACACCUGAGCCCUUAAUACCAGCAGACAGUGACAAUGAAAAGGGAGAAAGGAAUGGGAAAAGGGUCUGUUUCAAUGUAGCAGGUGAUGAGCAGGAAGAUUCUGGUCAUGACACCAUCAGCAACAGGGAUUCAUACAGUGAUUGCAAUAGCAACAGGAACUCCAUUGCCUCAUUUACCAGCAUUUGCAGUAGCCAGUGCAGUUCUUACUUUCACAGUGAUGAAAUGGACUCAGGUGAUGAACUUCCCUUAAGUGUUCGCAUUUCUCAUGAUAAACAGGACAAACUUCAUAGCUGUUUGGAGCAUCUUUUUGGUCAGGUAGACUCAAUUGUCAAUCUUCUGAAAGGACCAGCUGUUAUGAGGGCCUUUGAACAAACCAAGUUCUUCACGCCAGGUCGAGGCCUGCAAGCGUUUCAGCAGGAAAUGGAGCCUAAGCUUAGCUGUCCAAAGAGAUUACGACUUCACAUCAAGCAAGACCCUUGGAACCUUCCCAGCAGUGUCCAAAAUCUUGCACAGAAUAUCAGAAAAUUUGUUGAAGAGGUGAAGACAAGGAUACUUUUGGCACUCCUUGAAUAUACAGAUAGUGAGAUACAGCUCAGACGAGACAUGGUCUUCUGCCAAAGUCUGGUGGCCACAGUCUGUGCUUUUUCAGAGCAACUAAUGGCUGCCUUAAAUCAGAUGUUUGACAACAGCAAAGAGUAUGAAAUGGAGACUGGAGAGGCCAGCAGAAGGUGGUUGGAACAGAUAGCUAAUGCAGGUGUCCUCCUUCACUUCCAGUCAUUGUUGUCACCUAACCUGACUGAUGAACAAGCCAUGCUAGAAGAUACAUUGGUUGCUUUGUUUGACCUGGAAAAAGUUACUUUUUAUUUUAGACAGUCAGAACUAGAACCACUAGUCGCAAAUGUUCCAAUCACAUAUCAAGCAGAAGGAAGCCGGCAAGCUUUGAAGGUUUACUUUUAUCUUGAUAGUUACCAUUUUGAACAGCUUCCUCAAAAGCUGAAGAAUGGAGGAGGGUUUAAAAUCCACCCAGUACUUUUUGCACAAGCACUGGAGAGCAUGGAAGGAUAUUAUUACAGAGACAAUGUGUCAGUAGAAGAAUUUCAAGCCCAGAUUAAUGCAGCCUCACUGGAAAAGGUCAAACAGUAUAAUCAGAAACUCAGGGCAUUCUACCUGGACAAGUCGAACCUCCCUCCAAAUUCAACAUCAAAAGCUGCUUAUAUAGAUAAGCUGAUGCGGCCCCUCAAUUCUUUGGAUGAACUUUACCGACUGGUUGUGUCUUUUAUCCGAUCCAAGCGCACAGCGGCCUGUGCUUACACUGCUUGCAGUGCCUCUGGAGUUGGAUUGCUGUCAGUUUCUUCAGAACUCUGUAGCAGACUUGGAGCUUGCCACAUCAUAAUGUGCAAUAGUGGAGUUCAUCGCUGCACUCUGAGUGUCACUCUGGAGCAGGCUAUAAUUCUUGCUCGGAGCCAUGGACUACCUCCUCGCUAUAUUAUGCAAGCUACAGAUGUGAUGCGCAAACAGGGAGCAAGAGUGCAGAACACUGCCAAGAAUUUAGGAGUGAGGGACCGAACGCCACAAUCUGUCCCAAGAUUAUACAAGCUAUGCCAGCCACCACCUCCUGCUGGGGAAGAAUGA